AUUCCCUACUCUUGUUCGCUCUAAUACCUCCUCCCUCCCCUUCUGUGCCCAUGACCUUGACUAUUGUUCUUCAACAAGCACGCCGUGGUGUUGCAAAGGUAUUCAUUAAAUUUUCUCCUUUAACGUUUGUUACAUGUUUAUUCCCACGGGUCAGAUAUCCACAUUCUGUAACUUGUUUCGAAAAGUCUUUUCUUUUGGAAACAGAAAAAAGGUGACCAUUACUGCCUUCACUACCACAAUCGGCCGCCAAUUCUCUAUAUUCCGCCCCGUCUAUAAGCAGGCAGCUGCUGAUGAUGAGCUGGUCGAGAACUUGAGCAAAGUUUAUCCUUCAGCGGAGGAAGCUGUCAAGGAUAUCCCUUCAGGUUCGACUCUGAUGGUUGGAGGAUUCGGACUCUGCGGUAUUCCAGAGAAUUUGAUCGCAGCAUUGAAGAAGCGUGCUUCAGACUGUAAGGACUUGAUUGUAGUUUCUAACAAUGCUGGCGUGGAUGAUUUUGGAUUGGGACAGCUCCUGCGUACCAAACAGAUCAAACGCAUGAUCAGCAGUUAUGUAGGCGAGAACAAGGAGUUUGAGCGCCAGUACCUCUCUGGAGAGCUCGAGGUUGAGUUGACUCCUCAGGGUACUCUAGCAGAGCGUGUUCGUGCUGGCGGUGCUGGUAUCCCAGCUUUCUUCACUCCUACUGCUUAUGGAACUGAAGUUCAAACUGGUGAGCUCACAAUCAAGUAUAGUCCGGAUGGCAAGCCUUUGAUCCGCAGCAAGCCUAGAGAAGUGCGCGAAUUUAAUGGCCGCAAGUAUAUUAUGGAAGAGGCCAUCGUUGGAGACUACUCAUUGGUCAAAGCCUGGAAGGGUGAUGCCUAUGGAAACCUAAUCUUUAAGGGAUCUGCUAUGAACUUCAAUCCGGUCAUGGCGAAGGGUUCCAAGAAUUGCAUUGCCGAGGUCGAGGAAAUCGUUCCCGUUGGUUCUCUCAGACCCGAGGACAUUCACUUGCCUGGCAUCUUCGUAAAGCGCAUCAUCCAGGGUAAGAACUAUGAAAAGAGGAUUGAACGUCUCACCUUGACUGAGGACAAACCUGUCGGCGUUACCAAUACCUCUCCUGUGGUUGAUGAAAGGGAUGAAGCUGCUCGUCGUCGUGAGAAGAUCGUUCGCCGUGCCGCUAAGGAGUUCAAGAACGGCAUGUAUGUCAACUUGGGUAUUGGUAUGCCCAUGCUUGCGUCCAACUACCUCAAGAAGGGCGUUGCUGUCCACUUGCAAAGCGAGAACGGUAUCCUUGGUUUUGGUCCCUUCCCCAAGCCUGGUGAACAGGAUCCUGAUCUGAUCAACGCUGGAAAGGAAACUAUCACACUUCUACCUGGCGCCUCACUCUUCUCAAGUGAUGAUUCGUUUGCAAUGAUUAGAGGAUCACACGUAGAUUUGACUAUUUUGGGAGCAUUGCAGGUGUCGGCCAAGGGUGAUUUGGCCAACUGGAUCAUCCCCCGAAAGAUGGUCAAAGGAAUGGGAGGGGCCAUGGAUCUAGUCGCCAGUCCCGGUACCCGUGUUGUCGUGACGAUGGAGCAUCUGGCAAAGGGCGGCAAGCAUAAGAUCCUAGAAGAAUGUACAUUACCUCUGACUGGCGUUGGUUGUGUUGAUAGAAUUAUCACAGACCUGUGUGUGUUUGAUGUCAAGGAUGGCAACCUUGUAUUGACCGAGUUGAUGGCGGAUGUUUCAUUGGACGAUGUGAAGCGUGGAACAGGUGCCAAAUUUACGAUCUCCCCCGACCUCAUCCAGAACUAGACAAAUAGCAUCCCACUCUCCUUUUGUAAAAAAAUAUAAACACAAUUUAUUAUUAUUCCAG